GGUGUAGUGAAUGGGUCAGAAAUUAUGGAAAAGUGUCACCAUAUACACGGAGGCCUGCACGACGCCGUGCGGAGCGGCUGCCUGGAAGCCGUGUGCCUGAUGCUGGGGAACGGCGCCGACGUCAACGCCAAAGACGGUAGCGGAAACACACCCCUGCUGCUGGCCGUGUGCAUCAGGCAGGAAGAGAUUUACAACGCCAUUGUAAAACGCUUAAUUGAAAGCGGGGCAGAUGUCAACGCUUACAACAAAGGAUUGACCCCUUUGUACAAUGCCGUUUUCUACAAGAGGCAGGAGUCGGUAAGGAUGCUUCUCCAGGAGGGGGCCUGGCUGGCGCCGACUUUCAGGAACGAGCUCCACCUGCUGGCCGAAUUAGGCGGAAGCAACAUCCUGGAGAUAAUCCUCAGCGACAAAAGGUGCACCCCCGACACCGUCAAUCUCCCCGACGAGAAGGGGUGGACACCCCUUCACCUCGCCGCUCAGUACUACCACCGAAACUGUUUGAAAAUGCUGAUAAAACACGGCGGGGAUUUAACAGUGGUGAACUCCGAAGACGACAGCGUGAUUGAUAUUAUUUUUCGUGAAAUUAUAAAGCCUGAAAGGAUAAUAAAGGAGUUGCUGGACGAGCAGAUAUUAAUGAAGCGGACGGAUAAGUACAAGCAUUAUUACACUAUUGAUUUCACUGUUCUGGCCCCUAAAAAAUGCAGGAGACAAAUGGAAGUCAUUUCUAAUGUUCUGGUUGUCGCGUCCGAAGACGAGAAAACGGAAGUCCUACAACAUCCAGUUAUUGAGUUGUACCUUCUGCUGAAAUGGUCAAGGAUUUCCUACUUUUUCUACUUAUGGAUUAGUAUCUACGCCGUAUUUGCCGUGUUCAUGGGGUUUUAUGCUACUCUCAUCCUUCAUAAUUAUCAUGUGCUGCACGUUAUGAAAACUACGGUGAAGUACAUCUUGAUACUGACGUCGUCGGGACUGUUAGGUCACGCUAUUCUGCAGUGCGUUUUGAUGAACAGAAACUAUCUGCGGCGGUACGAACUCUGGAUGAAUUUAAUUUGCACUUGCCUCUCAUUGACUGUGGUCAUAAUAGCGGAUCAUACAGUGGAUGACUCGAAUGGAAACGCUCAACACUCUAAUUUCUCAGGAGCUCCCACCUGGUUGCUGCACGCCACCAGCAUCGCCGUGUUGCUGGCAUGGAUUGAAUUAAUGCUUCUAAUUGGACGGCUCCCCAGUCUUGGAUAUUAUGCACUCAUGUUCUCUACCGUCUUGCAGAACGUCGUCAAGGUGCUGCUGGCCUUCCUGUGUCUGGUAAUAGGCUUCGCCCUCAGUUUUUCCAUUCAAUUUCGCAGCUACGAGCAAUUCUCCGACCCCUGGCGGGCGCUAGUUAAAACCACAGUUAUGAUGAUGGGGGAGUUCGAAUAUGCGGACCUAUUCGCAGAUAGCCGAGGCGGCUCGUUACUGCCCCGCAUCAUCUUUCUCAUGUUCAUUAUCCUGACCAGCAUCGUGCUGAUGAACCUCAUGGUGGGCCUGGCGGUCAGCGAUAUCCAGGAAUUGCAGCGCCGCGGCCGGGCGAGGAAGUUGGAGAAGCGCGCCGAGUUCCUCUGCCAGCUGGAGAAAGUGAUAUCGUCCAGGCAACUUAACUCCAAGUACAUCCCGACGUUAAUAAAGAGGGUCUUCGUGAGGAGGAGUUUCGUCGAUGAUAAGUACGAGCUGGAGACGUCGGCGGAAUUCCAUCGGACCCACCGCGUUCCCAGGAGGCUUAUGGAUUCAAUUACUGCUAUAGCUAAGGGUCGAAAGCAACUGCAAGAAGAAAAUUAAUCACCAAGUUUGAGAUACCCCGGGCCCGGCAUUUUCCGGAUCAUUAAUUUUAAAUACAUGUCUUUAUUAUAAAUGAAAUAGAAUAUAGCGUUUCGUUUUUUUGCGCGCGACAAAAAGUGAAAUAAAUCGAGGGAUUGCCGGAAAGAUUCGAAGGGUUUGCAAACUGAACGGACCCAUGCCAAACUGCAGUGUCAGGGGAACAAAUCAAGCUGGCAGAAGUAUGGAGUUUUUUUUUUUUUUGAUUUUUUGUCAGUCUGCACCUUGAGAUGCGUCCUUGUCUUCCAGACUCAGUUUAAAUCAAUAUUUCUCUCAUUCCACGCUUCCUUGCGUUUAGAAUUUAAAUUUAAUAAUUCCUUUUUGGUCGACUCAAUGAAAGUAAAAUGCCUUGGUAAUGCAAAGACAAGAGCUUUAAAGUCCAGAAGUUCUUUAAGAAGAGUACAGUUGAAUCAAUAGAAAAAAUCAACAAGGCAGGAUAAGUACAAUAUGUUACUGUGACGUUAAGACUGGAAAACUCAUCGUCACUGUUAGUUUUCUUUAAAAAAGUGAUUUUAUGUACCCUUAGUUCUUAGUUUCUAGUUUUAGUAAUUACUCAUGUACAGGGUGUCUAGCGAAGAAAUGCACAAACCUAAAGGGACCUCCUUCAGAUAAAAAUUAGCAAAAAUGUUUCUAAAAAACUUCAAAUUUAAAAUAAAUAAAUAUUUCUGGAACGCUUAUCGACAGCUCUCAGAGAUUGGUCUCGAUUACUUGAUUGUUGCGAUCUUAAAAACUAUAGGAGAUACAGUCUUGGGAAGUUUUAAGUGAUGGAACUUGUAUGUUAUUGUUAUUAUCCGUUUUUUAUAAUUCAUUUAUCAAUUACCUACCUAGUUAAUUCUACAUUUGACGAAAAGGACCUGUACGGUGGAGCGCCCUGGCUCACAUCCAUUCCGCUUAAGCUUUCUCAUAGUGGCGGAAAACCCAAAUAAAUCAAACAAUUAAUGGAAAGAAAAUAUAUCUCACAAAGAAUUAUAAUUCUAGCUACCUACGGUAUAUCUUUGUAAAUGAGUACUCGAAAUGGCA